CUUAUUUAUAGUAUACUUAGACAAAUCUUAGUAUAUUUUAAGUACAUGUAAGUACACUUUACUAGGGGUUCUUUUGCAUGAGAGUAAACAUUUUAAGUGUUAUUUGUAGGUCUUUAAAACAGCUUAAUCUUAUACGUGGAAUUAAAGGAAAUGGUCGAAGUGAAAAUCAUCAGCUCCGAUGGAGUUAGACUUCAGCAGUGGAGAAUGAUGCGCCAUUCGCGAUGGAUCUGUUGGAAGAAGAGCUUACUUGUCCUAUUUGCUGUUGUCUCUUCGAGGACCCACGUGUACUCCCGUGUUCGCACAGUUUCUGCAAAAAAUGUUUGGAAGGCAUCCUCGACGGUAACCGAAUUCCUGCGUGGAGACCCCCGUUUAAAUGCCCGACGUGUCGAAAGGAGACGGUGCACAACGGCAUCGCGGCAUUCCAAAUUAACUACUCUUUGCGCAGCAUUGUGGAAAAAUACAACAAGAUUCGUUCCAGGCCAAAAAUGUCCUUGUGUCGGGCUCACAGCAGCCAACCGCUUAAUAUUUUCUGCGCCACGGACCUAAAGCUUAUCUGCGGUUUUUGCGCCACGACCGGAGAGCAUAAAGGCCACAAGUUCUGCGGGCUGGAGGAGGCGUACGAUCGCGAGAAAGUUUGCUUUGAAGAGCUACUUGGUGCUGUGGAGAGUUGGAGAAGCGCCGAUGUGCUCUCAUGCCUGGAAGCUCUCGACGGAUCGAAGAAAAAAGCGCUGCAGAUGGUCUCUCGAGAUGCAGAUCGGGUCACAGAAUAUUUUGACAAGCUCAUUCGUUCGCUGGAGCACAAGCGUGGGGAGAUCCUGUCCGACUUUGAGACUCUGAAACUAGCAGUCAUGCAGACCUUCGACCCGGAGAUCAACCGGCUCCGCUCGGCGCUGGAAGAACAACAGCGCGCGUUGCACGUGGCAGAAUCUUUCCGCUCACUCUCCGAGCCGCUCACCUUCUUGCAGCGCAUGCAGGAUUUUCGCGAAAAGGUGCGCGGCAUUCGCGAGACGCCGCUUCCGGCACACACGGACGUGGAUGUCAGCAUGCUCGUUCCCAGCUUUGACGUGCACGAAUGGGACCGUGUUCGCCUCGGAGACGUGGACGCGCUGCGCGUUCCACACGAUAGCGCCGCUUUUCGGUCACCGAUGGCUCCCCUCCCCUACCCAGGUUUUUCUCGCAGCUUGUGGAAACUUGCCGUGCUGUUUUGUCUGUGUCUGUGUACGCUGAACCAACUUCCAUCGGACUGUUUCACAGUCAACAUUUUUGCUAAAGCAGUUUCCGACAUCAGCACAGCCUCUCUUCCCGCUCCAUCGGAAAUGUUGAGCUGGCUCGCGCUCUGCUGGCAAGAAGCGAUGGGAGUGUGCGCGUUUAUCACCGAUUUCUGUGGGAACUGCAUUACGGAGCUCAUCGACACCACUUCAGAGUUCAUCAGCUGAUUUUUGGACAAAGUGGACGUUUUCUUUCGCUGUCCUCAGGAAGAGAAUUUCUCAUUUAAUGUAAAAUAAUUUGCAAAUGUAGUUAUGUGCUUAUUAAAGUAAUUUGAUUUUA